AUGACCGAUACGAAGCAAUGCGAAUGCCCUCGUACUUCAUCGGUUCGAGGUUUCAACUUCGGCAACCUCAAGUCCUUAGCACUAGGCUCGUAUUCUGUACGAACCCCCGGUAAACUCCACUUGGUGCUCCACUACUCAAAUAGCUUCGCUAAGAAUACCAAGUGGCCGGAAAUAUGGCCUCACGAGAGGCUCUUAGAUUCUGCUACGCUCCUGAAAGUGGUCACCUUGGCCCAUUCAGCCUUGGGAGCUACUUCGUCUACUAGGGCAUUCGUUUGUUUCCGGCCUCACUCUGAUGGCCCAGCUGGGUACUCCCGAUCUGAUGGUGUCAGCGUGUUUCCGUCUGGAAUUACGGUUGCAGCGACUUGGGACAGAGAUCUCAUGUACAAGCGUGGUGUCGCGCUCGGUGAAGAGUUUAAGGCGAAGGGUGCACACGUCCAUUUUGGGUGGGAGAAUUUCGGGCCCGACCCCUAUCUAGCGGGUGCUGCAAUGAGUGCUUCAGUGCUCGGCAUUCAGUCCGUCGGCGUUCAAGCAUGCUCUAAGCAUUACAUCAGCAACGAACAGGAAACGCAGCGAACCUCAAGCAUCCAAGGAAACAAUACAGUCAUCGACGCCAUCUCUUCCAACAUUGACGGCCGCACCCUUCACGACCUCGACCUCUGGCCCUUUGCCAAUGCCGUCAAGGCUGGAACUGCCUGCAUCAUGUGUUCUUACAACCGCGUCAACGUCAACUACUCUUGUGCCAAUUCUGAGCUGAUGGCUAUUCUCAAGGAAGAGCUCGCGUUCCUGGGUUACGUCGUGUCAGAUUGUGGAGCUUCCUUCUCUGUCUAUCAGUACGGACACAAGUCCGAACUUCUCCUUAACUUUCCAAAAGUCCCGGCGCGCGACGUUCGUGGUAACCACGCCACGCUGAUUCGGCAACCAGGUGCAGCUGGCCCAACAACUGGGUUCAUGUACCUUGAUUACGGCCAGAAUCCUAAAGGUUUCGAGACAGGGACGGUCGACAUUGGCGGUGGCUCAGAUACUGUCAGACGUACGAAUCUGAUCACACCACUAGAUGCGGUCAGAAAACACGCCGAGAUGAUGAAUGGUCGUGUCCAAGUCCUCCUGGACAACGAGGAUCUUCGGCAGGGUGUCCAAACACUGUGGUUGUUGUACUUGGGCCAGGAGUCGUCACGAUGCCCUGGGCAGACAACGAGAACGUCACAGCCAUCCUCUCGGCGCAUUACCCUGGCAAAAAAGAGAAACUCAAUCGCCGAUGUUCUCUGGGGCCGCGCUGAGCCGUCUGGCUGUCUUCUUUACACGAUCCCCAAGAACCUUGCUGACCAUGGAAAACCUAUCGUCAACCUCAGUCAACCAGUGGUGGACCCUGAUGCCUGGCGAUCAGACUUUGACGAGAGACAGAUGAUUGACUGCCGACAUUUCGACACGGACGGUAUUGAGCCGCUCUUUGAAUUUGGAUUCGGCCUCUCCUACACCCAGUUCAAUAUGUCGAGUAGCCUCACUGUUCAUGUCAGCCCCGGGCUUAGCUUUCACGCCGACGAGUCUAAGGGAGUUGCUCCUGGUGGCUUAAAGGAUCUUUGGACGCCUGUGGCUGAGGUGAUUAUUGGGAUCGCUAAUGUGGGAGACUCGGCGGGGACUGCUGUACCUCAGCUGUAUGUGUCCUUGCCCGCUGACAAGACUCGCGCCGAUGUUAUGCAGAUGAUUACCCCAUGUCGGCGUUAUCCUGAUGCUGCACACAUGCACAAGCUGUUGUUUGGAGAGCUUCACGGUGCCCUAGGAUUCUAUCUCUCCAUCCAUCUUGCCUGA